AUGGCCUUCCAGCGAACACAGGCUGAACGGAAUCGUCACAGGAUCAUCACAAGUCGUCAUAGGAUCACCACAAGUCGUCAUAGGAUCAUCACAAGUCGUCACAGGAUAUCCACAAGUCGUCAGAGGAUCGUCAUAAGUCGUCACAGGAUCAUCACAAGUCGUCACAGGAUCAUCACAAGUCGUCACAGGAUCAUCACAAGUCGUCAGAGGAUCAUCACAAGUCGUCACAGGAUCACCACAAGUCGUCAUAGGAUCAUCACAUGUCGUCACAGGAUCAUCAACAAGCCGCCCAGUCACCACAAGUCUCAGAGGAUCAUCACAAGUCAGGAUCACCACGUCGGGAUCACCACAAGUCAUCACAGGAUCACCACAAGUCGUCAGGAUCACCACAAGUCGUCACAGGUCACAGAUGAGUCGGGAGUCGUCCACAGGAUCACCACAAGUCGUCUGGGAUCAUCACAAGUCGCUACAGGAUCAUCACAGGGGUCGUCCAGGGUCAUCACUAGUCGUCACAGGAUCACCACAAGUCGUCCGGGAUCCCACAAGUCGUCACAGGAUCACCACAAGUCGUCACAGGAUCACCACAAGUCAGAGGAUCACCACAAGUCAGAGGAUCACCACAAGUCGUCUGGGAUCAUUACAAGUCGUCUGGGAUCAUCACCAAGUCGUGGGAUAUCCAAAAUCGUCAGAGGAUCAUCAAAUCGUCAGAGGAUCACAAGUCAUCACAGGAUCAUCACAAAUCUGGGAUCACCACAAGUCGUCACAGGAUCAUCACAAGCCGUCACAGUCACCACAAGUCGUCACAGGAUCACCACAAGUCGUCACAGGAUCAUCACAAGUCGUCACAGGAUCACAAGCCGUCACAUGAUCACCACAAGUCGUCAGAGGAUCAUCACAAGUCGUCACCAGGAUCACCACAAGUCGUCUGGGAUCACCACAAGUCGGGGUCACCACAAGUCGUCACGGGAUCACCAAGUCGUCACCACAAGUCGUCAGGGUCACCACAGUCGUCACAGGGUCAUCACUAGUCGUCACAGGAUCACAGUCGUAUCACUCACAAGUCGUCACAGGGUCAUCACAAGUCGUCACAGGGUCAUCACAAGCCGUCACAUGAUCACACCACAAGUCGAUCACCACAAGUCGUCACAGGAUCACCACAAGUCGUCACAGGGUCACCACAAGUCGUCACAGGGUCACCACAAGUCGUCACCACAAGUCGUCACAGGGUCAUCACUAGUCGUCCUGGGAUCACCACAAGUCGUCACAGUAUCACCACAAGUCGUCUGGGGUCAUUACAAGUCGUCACAGGGUCAUCACAAGUCGUCACAGGAUCAUCACAAGCCGUCACAUGAUCACCACAAGUCGUCAGAGGAUCAUCACAAGUCGUCAGGAUCACCACAAGUCGUCACAGGAUCACCACAAAGUCGUCACAGGAUCACCAAGUCGUCUGGGAUCACCACAAGUCGUCACAGGAUCACCACAAGUCAGAGGAUCACCACAAGUCGUCUAGGGUCAUCACUAGUCGUCACAGGAUCACCACAAGUCGUCACAGGAUCAUCACAAGUCGUCACAGGAUCAUCACAAGCCGCCACACACCACAGUCGUCAAGAGGAUCAUCACAAGUCGUCACAGGAUCACCACAAGUCGUCUGGGAUCAAGUCGUCUAGGAUCACCACAAGUCAGAGGAUCACCCAAGUCGUCACAGGGUCAUCACUAGUCGAUCACCACAAGUGGGAUCACCACAAGUCGUCACAGGGGUCAUCACUAGUCGUCCAGGAUCACCACAAGUCGUCACAGGAUCACCACAAGUCAUCACAGGAUCACCCUGAUCGAGGAGUCCUCAGGAUCAUCACAAGUCGUCACAGGGUCAUCACUAGUCGUCUGGGAUCACCACAAGUCGUCUGGGAUCACCACAAGUCGUCACAGGAUCACCACAAGUCAUCACAGGAUCACCACAAGUCGUCACAGGAUCACCACAAUCACCACAAGUCGUCACAGGACAGGAUCACCACAAGUCAUCACAGGAUCACCACAAGUCAUCACAGGAUCACCACAAGUCGUCACAGGAUCACCACAAGUCGUCACAGGAUCACCACAAGUCAGAGGAUCAUCACAAGUCGUCACAGGAUCACCACAAGUCAUCACAGGAUCACCACAAGUCGUCACAGGAUCACCACAAGUCGUCACAGGAUCCUAAGUGGUCGUCACAGCGGGCGCGAUGAGCAGCACCCGAGGAGUUAA